AUGCCUGCCAUCGUAGAAGUUGAAAAAACUCGUUCUCCGUCUCAUACCAUUAUUGGUGCUAUUCACUCUUCCAGUAUCCUCCAUGUCGCAAUGAAGAAACCCCCACCAAUAAGAAAAAAGGCGCAAAAGUUUCAGAUAAAUAAGAAACCUGUCCUAGAGUAUGUCGAGGUUGAGAGCAGUGAUGACAGGGAAGUCAACAAGCCUCCUUCUAAAAGUACUACUACGGCUCGUUUCAUAAAGUUCAUGAACGAGGUGCUUGAUAGCAUGGGUAUGGAUGAUUUAUCCCAGAGAAUUACUGAUGCUUGCAACAAUGUACGUUUUAGUGAUCUUCGUGGAUUUUGUAGCCACUCUAAGCGUCAUAUCAGUUAUUGUCAAGAUAAGAGUUUUAAUGAAUUACUUGAAUUUCAGAAGUGCUCAAAACAAUUUCUCAAUUAA